AUGGCAUUAAAUUUAGAAAAUUUUUUAUUAAAAGAUAUAAAAAGUUUAUUCAACGAUCCAAAUUACUCUAAUGUAGUGAUUCAAGUUGGCCGCCAUCCUGAUACUAAUAGCUUUAACGCGCAUUCUUUGAUAUUACGAGCAAGAUCAUCAUAUUUUCGAUCGGCUUUAAAAACAAAUAAUGGACAAGUAUCUACAUUAAACUUGCCAGAUAUUUCUCCUCGUGUGUUUGAAUACAUUUUAAACGGAACAAUUAACUUGAACGAAACAUUACUGAGAUCUAUAUAUUUUGAAAUGUUAAUCGCAUCAUCCGACCUAAAUCUUACAGAUCUAAUCGACCAUCUUCAGGCCCAUCUUCUUACCAAUGAUACCGAAUGGAUUCACACUAAUUUACUUAAGCUUCUAUAUCUCACAUUUACCCAUCCGUUAUACUCCACCCUAUCUAAAUAUUGUCAGAAUACUUUCAACACGCAAUUCACUCAAAUAUUUAGUUCUCCAGAAUUUCUCAAUUUAGAUGAACAGUUCUUGAUUAACAUUAUUGAACGUAAAGACCUUCAAAUUGACGAAAUAGUAAUUUGGGAAGCCGUUAUUCGAUGGGGAAUUGGAAAAUUGCCUUCCUUGAGUGAAGAUGUAAAGGAAUGGACAAAUAAAGAUUUUAUUAAACUAAGAAAAGUAGUAAAAAAUUUAUUACCGCAUAUUAGAUUUUUUAACAUUUCGGGGUUAGAUCAUAGGGCCAAAAUCCGUCCGUUUAAAAAAAUUUUGGAAAAGGAAUUAAGAGAAGAGAUCAAAGACUUUUUCUUUGCAAGGAUUCCACCAACAAAGUUUCAACAACUUCCACCUCGUAUUAUAAAAGAUUUGAGUAAUGAAAACCACAAUCAAAUUAAUAAUCAACCCAUAAAUAAUUUAGCUAGUGUUAAUGUUCCUUUAUGUACUACAAACUCGAGAGAUGCUGGCAAUGAUGAUAACGAUACUAAUAAUGCUAGUAAUUCCUCUAAAUCAAAAAAAGAUAGCCAUGAUAUAGUGGCGCGAGUAAAGUUACCCAAGUUCGCAAUCUUGAAUUCACAAAAGAAUCCAGGAUUCAGUUCGGAUUUACGAUGGUUUAGUGGUACUUGUACCCCUAAGUCAUAUGAUAAACCUAUUCAUGACGAUAAGGUAUUUUCUCUUACAGACUUUGAGGUGUUCAAGGUUGAAAAAAAGAGCAACGAUGAUGGGAAUUCAAGGAAGAGAACUAGAGUAACUAGAAUUGAGGAUGAAGAAGAUGAGUUGGAUUUUGAUUUAGAUGAAGGUGAUUAUGGUGGAGAUAAUGCCGGAAAGAGACUUAAAUCAUAG